AUGGGUGCGAGCAGUGACUCCAGCCCUACACGCCACGCAGAUUCCGUCGCAAUUCUCGACCCCGAGAAGCAUGCCGCGACGGAGCGCGACCAUGGUACCAACAUCGUCACUGAAGAAGACCUCGACUCCCUGCCGACCAUCGAUCAUGCCGCUGAACGACACUUGAUCCGCAAACUCGACUGCUAUAUCGUUCCGCCAACCAUGCUACUCUACCUCGUCUCCUUUCUGGACAGAGUCAACAUCGGCAAUGCGCGGCUGUAUCACAUGGAAGAAGACUUAGGACUUCACGGGUCACAGUAUCAAACAGCUGUGAGCCUGUUGUUCGUGACAUAUAUCCUCUGCGAGACUCCGAGCAAUCUCGUUAUCAAGAGGCUUAGGCCAAGUCGGUGGAUUGCGUUCAUUGCCUUUGCAUGGGGCGUUGUUGCUACUUUGACAGGCGUCGUCCAGAAUUACGGAGGGCUUAUCGCUUGCCGCUUGCUCAUGGGCGCUCUGGAGGCAGGACUUUUCCCAGGUAUGACAAUAUAUCUCACCUUGUUCUACACCAAAAAGGAGAUCGCGCUCAGAGUCGGCUAUCUGUUUGUCUCGGCCGCCUUGGCUGGAAGUGUAGGUGGCCUACUGGCCUACGGAAUCGGCUUCAUGGACGGCGUGGCAGGCCAGUCUGGGUGGAGAUGGAUCAUGAUUAUAGAGGGCCUUCCCAGCGUCGUGUUGGGAAUUAUUGUCUAUUUCUGGCUUGCCGACGCCCCAGAGACGGCAUAUUACCUGUCUGAAAAAGAGAGAGAAUUGAUAGUUGUGCGAAAGCGACGCCAUAUCGGGCAUACGACGUCAGGAGACUUGCUCCAUAAGGAAGACGUGAUGAAGGCCCUCAAGGACUGGAAGGUGUGGAUGUUUGCCUUUGGCCAAUUUGGCGUCGACACCAUGCUCUAUGGGUAUUCGACCUUCCUGCCCACCAUCAUCAAGGGGCUGGGGAAAUGGUCCACCGCCGAGACGCAGGCACUCACUGUGCCAUGUUAUGCGUUGGGGGCAAUCACCUACUUGGUUGUCGCUUGGGCAUCCGAUAAAUUCCAACAUCGAGGCCUCGCCGUGGUUCCUUUCUGUGUGGUCAGCAUCAUCGGAUAUGCCAUUCUGAUUGCAGAUGUGAGCCCCGGGGUCCAUUAUUUCGGCUGCUUCAUGGUAGCAAUAGGGCUCUACGUCUCAGUUGGGAUCCCUCUUGCGUGGUUGCCGUCAAAUCAACCUCGGUAUGGCAAACGGACAACUGCAAGCGGUAUUCAACUUACUAUCGGAAAUGCGGCCGGUAUAAUGGCUCCUUUUCUCUAUAAAACCAAUGAGGCUCCUCGAUAUGUCCGCGGGCAUGCAGUGUCACUGUCGAUGGUUGCCAUGGCCGGUUUAAUAUACACCUCGAUGGGAGUCUAUUUCUUUGGCCGGAACAAGAGUCGCCGAGACGGGCAGGAAGAUUCAAAGAUGGCUGGGAAGACAGAGGAAGAGAUUGCGGAAACGGGUGACGAAAACCCACGGUACAUGUUUACGUACUGA